UGGCCCAGUGCCAUUUCUCAGAGGAACUGACACGCUGUGCUGCAGGAGUGACUUUAUUAUUUUAGUUCCUGAUAAGGGACCAUUAGCCGUGGAGCAGAGGACGUGAACCAGAGAGUUUCUCAGAGCUGUGCCAGGUGCAGCAAUGACUCUCACGCUCCUACGGGUGCCACAUGUUUUCUUCCUGCUGCUGUGCUUCUGGCUGUUCUUGUCGGCAGGUGCGCUGGAAACGAUUCACCAAGACAUACCUGAGCUUAUCUGUAGCGAGGGUUUGACCGACUGCUUUGUGAGCUCAGCCUUUCCUUGCCUUGAUGUGCUGCCUGAUCCCAGUGUUACAAUGAAUGUUACACAUGUGCAGCUUGAAGCGAUUCUGUGCUGUCCAGCCGCACACAGCUGCCAACUUUGCCUGCAAAUCAACAUCACAGUCGAAGAAGUGCUUAAUGCAUUGGAUGUUUCUGAGGAGUCUGGUGAUCAUACUAAUGAAGCAGAGUUCUUGGGAAUGGCAGAGGGAAGUGGUCAGUUUGUGCUUUCUGAACCAAGAGCUUUGGUGCAAGUGUGUCUCAGCUCCCCACACUCCAUGGAAAUUAGCAAGAUGCUGCAGUUUACACUAAGCCACACACAGCCCACACAUAAGCUGCUUUUGACGGAGAAAGUGAAGUUUGGCAGUCCUCUUCUGGUCACUGUCAACACGCGAUCGAAGAGCACUUACAAAACAGUCACACUCCCAUCUUUAGAAGAAGUUUGCUCCAUGAACCUAGAGGGAGCUGUAAAGGCAUGUGAUGCUCCCAGUCUCCGAGUCGAGACUGAUCAUAAGACAAAUGCGGUCCUCCUCCAACUGGAAGACACCGACAUCAGUCAAGAUGAGGUUAUGUUCCAAAUGGUUUGGAAUGAAAUGCCUGGAGAGGUUUUUGCAUGGCCCAAAGGCAAGAGAGAAAUGGUCAUUUCAUCAGGCUUUGUUGCACCAUGCCUCUGCUUCCAGGUGUGGAAGAAGAAAAAAGAGCUUCGAAGAAAUUUCUGCCCUUUCAAAGACCAACAAGAUGCACUUGAAAGGAUGCAGCACAAUGUGUCUGUGACUGUGGUGGAAUCUCCACUGAGGGAUGGCGGCACAGGGCUGAGCUGGAAUGUCACUGCCCCCUGCAGACUGGAUGCAGAGGUGUGGCUGUGCAAAAAGGACCCGACAGGAGGCCAGUGUGAAGAAGUGAUGGGCUCCAGACAGACACUGCAAAGCAAAGAUGCAGGCUGGUGUGCAACACGCAAUGGACACUGGAAAACAGGGGAGUUCAACGUGCCAUCACAUCCUCUGCUUUGUGUUGAGAUAAAGAUACAAAGGAUGGAGUCCUACUUAGAGCCCCAGUGUCCAUUUGCAACAUCUCGAUGGAGAUGGAGUCUGCCUCUCCUCACUGGAUCACUGCUGACGUGUGUGGCCCUACUAGGAGCCUAUUUUAUACAAGGGGUCCUAAAGGGUUACAUGUGGAGAUGGUUGAAAGAUGACGACGUUAAAGGAGCUGUGGGUGGCGGUCAUGUGGUGCUGCUAUACUCACCUGAUGACAGUCAGGCUUUGCCAGGGUUGAUGUGUCACCUGGGCUUGUCCCUCCAGGACCUGGGUUUCAGUGUGUCUCUAGACCUGUGGAGCCAGGCUGAGCUCAGCAUACUGGGCCCCGUACCUUGGCUCCACUCAAGACUGGAUCGACUGAAAAGGCAGGGGGGCAAAGUGGUGCUAAUUCUAACCCAGGCUGCCUGGAUAAGGGCCGAACAAUGGGGAGCACAGAGCUGGGAGAAAACCACUUCCAGGGAGAGGAACAUGGACACAGAGGAAGAGGAGACAGGAAGGAGCUACCGUGUUCCCUGUGUAGAUGUCUUUAAUGCUUCACUGAGCUGCAUUCUAGCAGACUAUUUACAGGGCCGUGCUGGGGAGCGGUUUAUGUUGGUGCAGUUUGAAUCGCUUCCACCUAAGCCUCCAAGUGCUUUUUGGCCACUGCCCGAACUCUUCCGCGGCCUCCAUUUCUACAGCCUCCCCUCCCAGAGCCUUGGUUUUCUGACUGAACUGGCCGGGGCUCAGCAAGUGACCACAGCAUCAGCCAGACGUAAGAGGGCUGGGGGACUCAGGAUGGCAUCCCGAGCUCUGGCAAGAGGGCUGUCAGGGUUCUCAGCAGGGACUACUGUAUUACGUCUUGCUGGGAUGCCCCAGAGUUGUGUUGGGGUAGGAGUAGAAGACUCUGGGGAAAUGGUGCCUUUGCAGUCAUGUCUUAUUACGCCCCCCUCCAGCCCUGACACAAGCCCUAGGGUCACUGAAAUGGAAUGGGUCUGACAGCAGGGGAAAAAGACCAAACAGGCUGCAGUUUUGGAAUAAACAGUCAGUAAUGACUUGAAAGAACCACAAGUGAUACUCUGAGAUGCUCUUAUAAAUCAGUAUCAGUUUUUAAUGUUUGUAUUUGACUGGCGACCUGUCCAGGGUGUACGCCACCUCUCGCUCAGUGUCAGGAUAAGCAGUUUUAUAUAAUGGAUGGAUGUUUCUAAACAUCAGUUUCAUGUGUCUGACAGCAGAAAUAGUAGCUUGUUUUUCAAAUAAAUGCUGAGUUGACGCUGAUACAAGAAAUUACAGUACACAACAUUAAAGCCUCACACUACUUAGAAAAGAAAAUUCAAAGAAAAAAAAAGACUAGAGUAAACCAGUUAACCAAGCUACCGUGUGUGUUUGACAUAGCAUUUCACUUUCUGCAAACACAUGUAUUGUAUAAAAAGGUCCUAAAAAGAAAAAAGUGUCAGAAAUAUGCUAUUUUCUUUAUGUGAGUUUAUACAUAGAAACUGUAUAUUACUAUAGUACUAUGUUGUGUCCCUACUGUUUAAAGUGGGGUUGAAUAAACAAUGUGUCUUGUACAAAAAUUUAAUUUAGGAUGUGUGUUUACAGAGAAACAUUCUUAUUAACAUGCAGAAAAAUGUUUCAGAUAGGAUUAUCCCCCAAAUCCUAAAAUUCAUAAACUGUGGCACAUGUAGCUGCAGCAGAUUUAAAAAAAAUGAUGUUAAAGUUACAGCAAAACUGGAUGAUUUGUUACAGGAACCCACAAGCUGCCUCCUACUUUGGGGUAUUUGGUCGUUUGCUAAAUUAUUAUAUCUCUGGGGGACACUCUGCAUUACAACCUACCCUUAAAGCUGUCUCUGCACAGCUGGUUCAUAGGUUUUGACCUGUAAAAAUGAAUAGGAACAGAACAAAUGUAGGCUACAAGCAUACAUGUUGGCAAGAGGUUCAGUAAAGCA